GAGGAAAGAAAAAAAUUUACACACCUAUAUUGAUAUUAUUGUUUGUGUAAAAAGAGUGUACCGGCGUGCGAGGAAAUUACGCCGCAAAGUGUUUAUUGAUCAAGCAUGAAUUUACUUCUGGCGGCACGCGUAACGUUAUGUUAAAUGCUAUUACAUUUGUAAGCGACGUAACGUAAGAGAACGAGGCUGAGCAGAAUGCAAGAAUCCGUAAAGUUUAAUCUCAAAGAGGUUAAGUCGGACCUUCUGCACGCGAUACGCGAAUGCUCUCAACGUGGUCUUCUACACACCACCAAAUGGUUAGCGGAAUUAAAUUAUUCGUUGAAGAAUGUGGAGGUGGACGCGCACGAUCUGACCGCGGAUCUGAAGGCACCGGAGAUCGGCGAGGCAGAGGACGUUUACACGCUGGCCAAGACGUACUUCGACCUGAAGGAGUACGACAGAGCGGCGCACUUCACCAAGGAUUGUAUCAGUCCCAAGAUCAGAUUUCUACACUUGUAUUCGCGCUACUUGUCGGGGGAGAAGAAGAAGAUAGACGAUAUGACGGACGUGCCACCGGAUCCUUUGAAAAACGAGACUCUCAAGGACCUCUGCGCCGAUCUGAGGGCGGAUCAUCUGGCAUCGAGGCUGGACGGUUACGGCCUAUACCUCUUUGGCGUGACGCUGAAGAAGCUGCAGCUCAUUAAAGAGGCAGUGGACGUUUUAGUAGAAUCCAUAUAUAAGGUGCCCAUGCAUUGGGGCGCGUGGUUAGAACUGGCUGCACUCAUCACGGACAGGGAGAAACUGGAUGGCUUAUGCCUGCCCAAUCAUUGGAUGAAAUACUUUUUCAUGGCUCACAUGUACUUGGAGCUGCAACUCAUAGACGAGGGUCUAGCGUUAUAUUGCCAGCUGCAGUCGAUGGGCUUUCAGAAAAAUGGUUAUGUUUUAGCUCAAACUGCAAUCGCCGUGCAUUAUAGAAGAGAUGUUGAUAACGCCAUAGAAACUUUCAAAAGAAUAUUAUAUGACGAUCCUUAUUGUCUUGACAACAUGGAUACGUAUUCGAAUCUACUUUACGUGAAAGAAUUGAAGGUUGAGUUGGCAAAUCUGGCGCACAGAGCUACCGAGAUAGAUAAAUAUAGAUUGGAGACUUGUUGUAUAGUUGGAAAUUAUUACAGCUUGAGAGCUGAUCAUCAAAAGGCAGUGAUGUAUUUUCACAGAGCGUUAAAAAUGAAUCCGCAAUAUUUGUCAGCUUGGACGUUACUGGGUCACGAAUUUAUGGAAAUGAAGAAUACCAAUGGUGCAAUCCACAGCUACCGACAGGCGAUUGAGGUGAAUAAGAGAGAUUAUAGAGCAUGGUAUGGUUUGGGCCAAACGUACGAAAUCUUGAAAAUGCCGUUUUAUGCGCUCUAUUAUUAUAAACAAGCUCAGCUCUUAAGGCCUCACGACAGUAGGAUGGUUCUAGCCUUGGGCGAAGCAUAUGAAAAGCAGGAUAAAAUUCAAGACGCACUCAAGUGUUAUUACAAAGCAUGCAACGUGGGCGACAUAGAAGGAAUGGCGCUCUUAAAAUUAGCAACGCUGUAUGAGAAAUUAGGAGAACACGAUCAUGCGGCGGCAGCUUAUACAGAUUUUGUAAUAGAUGAAUUUCGAAGUGUCGAUAGAACAGAUCUUAGUCAUGCGUAUAAAUAUCUAACGCAGUACCAUUUGAAGAAGGAACAAUUGGAUCAAGCUAAUCAUUAUGCACAGAAAUGCCUUCAGUUUGACGAAACGAAGGAGGAAGCAAAAGUAUUAUUGAGAACUAUUGCUGAAAAAAGGACUAAAGUGGAAGAAACUUCUAUGGUGGUGGAUGAUAUGAACGAAACUGAUCCUGUAAUUGAGCAGAGAGUGCAAACGGAUGCAACACCCGAGAGUCAACUAUCGCCGAUGAAUCUUUCGUUCACACCUACGCCAUAAACAAAACAAUAUUUUCUAUUCACAGUACACAAUUUCAAUAUUUGUAAUUUUGUAUGUAAAUACAAA